GAGGGGAUGCAUAAUCUGUCAAGGGUGCAGAUUUCGGCACAACACCGGGAAGGAGAAGGGACUCUGAUAAGGAAAGUGUUUCUGAUCCGAGUCACCAGCAGAUGGCAGUAAUGCACUGUUGAAUGCGGUAAAAAGAAAAGAAAGAAAGAAGAAGAGAAGAGUGGAAUGGGAAUAAGGAAGUAAACAAUGUCCACACAAGGAUGAGAAGUGUUUUCAAGUAAUAAACCAAAUCAAAAGCGGGUGCACUCUUGUAUAAUCACGGUGUAACAUUAGCUUGCUACUUUUCAUCAGCUUCAAGUGCCAAUAAGCUUAAACCUCAUCAUGAUGGCAAGCCGAAACAACACAGCCAGUGCUGCCCCAAACAAUAAGGUGAAAUACUCCAGGCUGGCAGAUAGCGAUGAAGGAUACAUUGAUCUACAGUUCAAGAAAACACCUCCUAAAGUACCCUACAAGGCUAUUGUGCUGGCAACAUUCCUAUUCCUGGUUGGGUCUGUAUUGAUUGUUGUUGGAUCCCUUCUUUUGGCAGGAUACAUUAAUGUUAUGAACCCAGAUCGCACGAUUCCAGUUCUCAUCAUCGGCAUCCUGAUCUUCCUUCCCGGAUUCUAUCAUCUGCGGAUUGCUUAUUAUGCUUCCAAGGGUUACCGUGGUUAUUCUUACGAGGACAUCCCAGACUUUGAUAACUGAAUGGAUCUGGUCAUACUGAAUGCUGUUACUUUUGUGUGUUUUCUGCAGAUGUUGCAUGAUUUGCCUUUAGACGUUCAUUCUCUGUUUACUCAGAGUUUCUCUAGGAGAGAAACUGUGGCACACUGUGCUUUAUUCAUUUUACCAAAAGAAAACAGAAGUGCAAUAUUAAGCAAAAUAGAGUAUUUAUUUAGCUAAAUACAUAAAAGGCCAAUGAUAAAUAUGCUGAUAUUUUAGUAGCUUUUAUAAAACUUGAAAAAGUAUUGUUUUAAAAGCUAGAAAAUGUAUUUAUCUGUAAUGAAGCUGGUUAUUUACUGUUUAUACACUAUCAGUCAAAUGUAGUAAAAAAAAAAUGUAUCCCAGUAUGCACCUUGUGAAGUCUAGAGUAUCCACAUUAUUUUACCCAUAAGAGCGAAUAGUGCAAGUUUCACCGCUGAUUGCACUUUGUUAUUCUUCACGUUAUUUCCCUGCAGCGACUAAUGAACAGAAAACAGCUUACUUCCACGUUGAAAAAUAAGGUGGAUGGAUACAGAGGUAGAAUCUA